UGGUUUAAAGUUUAAACCCUAAAUUUAAUUACUCAAGAACAAAUUAAAACCUUUCUGAUUCCCGAAUCAAAUUAUUAUUAAGAAAAAUGAGUAAUUCAUCAAUUGUUCCUUCUGCUUCCUCGAAAGUGAAAGUUGGAACAGCAACUCCUUCUGAUACUUCUUUCAAGCGGAAAAGAGGAAUGUUCCAGAAAGAUUUGCAACAUAUGAUGUAUGGAUUUGGUGAUGACCCAAAUCCGCUUCCAGAAACGGUCGCUCUUUUGGAGGACAUUGCUGUUGAAUACGUCACGGAUUUGGUUCAUAAAGCCCAAGAUGUUGCAACAAAAAGAGGCAAGCUCUUGACUGACGACUUUCUACAUCUGAUUCGCAAGGAUAUACCAAAGCGCCACAGAUGUCAAGAAUUGUUGUCUAUGAACGAGGAGCUAAAGCAAGCCAGGAAAGCUUUCGAGGUUGACGAAGAGAAGCUUGCAUCAACAGAUUAAUAGGUUGUUAAUUUUCCUGGAACAGCUUGACCGGUUGUCAGCCGUGCAAAUAUAAUUCACUUUCUCGCUCAACUAGAUAUAAAUAUAGUAUGUGAUAAGAAAGAGUUCGUUCCCACAGAGAGGACCAGGUUGUCAAUAUGUUUUGGUUGUUAAAUAAACAAGAAGGGAUUUUUCUGAUUUUUAUAUACUAAAAUAAAUAAAAGCAAACAAUAAAGGUAGACGAAUCAAAUCAAGGAUGAGAAAAUAUUGGUU